AUGAAUGAACUGGCAGCCAGGGCUCAGCCUCAAGGACCCGGUGCUGAGCUUGGAUUUCCUCUGCCAGCCCCCCUCUGCCUGCUGAGCCUGCUGUUGCCAUCCCCGAGUCUGGCAGCCCCCAUCUCCCCCGCUGAGCCCAUCAGUCAAGCCUAUAGCCUGGCCCUCUACAUGCAGAAGAACACGUCCACGCUGCUGCAGACUUACCUCCAGUACCAGGGCAGCCCUUUUAGUGACCCUGGCUUCUCAGCCCCUGAGCUCCAGCUCAGCAGCCUGCCUUCUGCCGCAGUCUCCUUCAAGACCUGGCAUGCCCUGGAAGACCGGGAGCGGCUAAGCCGUGCCCAGAGAGCCUUCCUGGCCUUGACCCAGCACCUCCAGCUCGUGGGGGAUGACCAGAUCGACCUGAAUCCUGGUAGUCCUGUCCUGCUGGCCCAGCUCGGAGUGGCGAGACUAAGGGCCCAAGGUCUGCUUGGCAAUGUGGCUGCCAUCAUGAACGCCCUGGGGCUGCCUAUUCCCCCAGAAGAGGACACUCUAGGUCUUGUCCCCUUUGGGGCCUCCACGUUCGAGAGAAAAUGUCGAGGGUAUGUAGUGACCCGGGAAUAUGGGCACUGGACAGACAGAGCUGUGAGGGAUUUGGCUCUGCUCAAGGCCAAGUAUCCAGUGUGAAGGGUGGGACUUCCUGCCAGAGGCUGCCGCCAUUUCUCUUUCACAGUGGUCUCUUUUCCACCUUUCUUCUGAGCUAGAGAAGGAGCUGCAUCUAAUCAGACAGGCUGUGUGCCAUGUCUUUGGAAUAUUUCCUGGAAGCCAGGCCUCCAUUCCUUACUGCCUCUGGCCUCCUUCCACAUCGGGGUAGGGCUCCGCGGGUCCCUUUUGUGGAUUCCCAUCCAGUGGUACUGGUUUUCCUACUUCCUGGUUGGAAAGGAGACUCCCUCUGGAAGAGGCUUCAGGACAGCUGGUCUCCUUCCUGGGCUCCCUCGCAGAUCUCCUCCCUGCAAUUUUGGGGAAGUCCAAGGGCGGCCUAACCGUCUACCUCACUUCCUGCGCGAAGAUACAGCCUUUCUGAGCGGACAGGGCUUCCUCCUCCGCGGUGCAGCUCGUCUCCUUUGCUAGUCUGUUUCUGGCCACUGUCCACCUCCUGUCUGAAGGAGCUUUACUUCUGAG